UAAAAAAACCCAUUUCCACGCUCUCUCCAUUUCUUUUCCAUUUUCUUUUCCCUCUCUCGCCGGCACUGCACCAAACAAAAAAAACCACCACACUCUAUCCCUCUCUUGUUUCUCUCUCUAGAAUCCGCCGCGCAUUCGAGAAGAUCGAUAGGGUUCCGCCGUGCGACGAUUCUGUAGAUUGUUGCGACGCCACCAGCAAUGUCGUCGGAGGAAGAGAAGCUGUUGAAGGAGGCCAAGAAACUGCCGUGGGAGGAUCGCCUCUUCCACAAGAACUGGAAGGUUCGCAGCGAGGCUAACGUCGAUUUAGCCUCCCUCUGUGACUCCAUUUCUGAUCCCAAGGACUCUCGCAUCCGUGAAUUCGGUCCUUUUUUUAGAAAGACUGUGGCGGAUUCGAAUGCUCCGGUGCAGGAGAAAGCGCUCGAUGCAUUGAUUGCUUACUUGCGAGCUGCAGAUGCUGAUGCCGGCAGGUUCGGUAAGGAAGUUUGUGAUGCGAUUGUGGCCAAGUGUAUGACGGGAAGGCCUAAGACGGUGGAGAAGGCUCAAGCAGUGUUUAUGCUUUGGGUGGAAUUGGAGGCUGUGGAUGCAUUUCUGGAUGCAAUGGAGAAAGCGAUAAAACACAAAGUUUCUAAAGCAGUUGUACCUGCAAUAGAUGUUAUGUUUCAAGCUUUAAGUGAAUUUGGAGCAAAAGUUGUGCCUCCAAAAAGAAUUUUGAAGAUGCUUCCAGAACUCUUUGAACAUCAAGAUCAAAAUGUUCGUGCAUGUUCUAAGGGGUUGACUCUUGAGCUAUGUCGCUGGAUUGGUAAAGAUAGUGUAAAAUCAAUUUUGUUUGAGAAAAUGAGAGACACAAUGAAAAAAGAGUUGGAAACGGAGCUUGUAAAUGUCUUGGGAGCAGGAAAGCCAUCUCGCAAAAUAAGAUCGGAGCAAGACAAAGAACCAGAACUUGAAGCUGUAUCAGAGACUGUAGGUCCUGGCCCUUCUGAAGAAUCUGGGACAGAUGCUCCUCAAGAAAUAGAUGAAUAUGAGCUUGUGGAUCCUGUUGAUAUAUUGACUCCUUUGGAGAAAUCAGGAUUUUGGGAUGGAGUGAAAGCUACCAAAUGGUCUGAACGGAAGGAGGCUGUCGCGGAGCUAACAAAGCUUGCAUCAACUAAAAGAAUUUCUCCUGGGGAUUUUUCAGAAGUUUGCCGUACCUUAAAGAAGCUCAUUACAGAUGUGAAUAUUGCUGUUGCUGUUGAAGCUAUCCAGGCUAUUGGCAAUCUUGCUCGUGGAUUACGAACUCACUUUUCUGCGAGUUGUCGUUUUUUACUGCCUGUUUUACUUGAAAAACUGAAAGAAAAGAAACCUACUUUGGCUGAUGCAUUGACUCAGACUCUUCAAGCAAUGCACAAAGCUGGAUGCAUUGGUCUUAUUGAUGUUGUAGAAGAUGUUAAGAUAGCCACAAAAAACAAAGUCCCCCUUGUGCGAUCGUUAACUUUGACCUGGGUGACAUUUUGUAUUGAAUCAAGUAACAAGGGCAUCAUUACAAAGAUGCACAAGGAUUAUGUGCCAAUAUUAAUGGAGUCCCUAAAUGACGGUACUCCUGAAGUGAGGGAUGCUGCCUUUUCUGCAUUGGCCGCAAUAGCUAAGUCUGUUGGCAUGAGACCUCUAGAGAAAUCCCUGGAGAAACUUGAUGAUGUCAGAAGAAAAAAACUUUCGGAAAUGAUUUCAGGUUCUGAAGAUGCUUUGCCCGGUGGUUCUUCUACAGCUUUGGUGCAAAAUACACGUGCAAGUGCAUCUUCUGCGGAGACCUCUGAAAGUGCAUUUGUUAAAAGGUCAGCUACAAGCAUGCUUAGUGGAAAGAGACCUGUUCAGGCCGCUCCUGCUGUGAAGAAAGGGGGAACUGCAAAGUCUGGGACAAACAAAAAAGCAGAUGGAAAUGCACAGUCGAAGGUUUCAAAAUCGAUUGAACCACCGGAAGAUGUGGAGCCCACUGAGAUGAGUCUUGAUGAGAUUGAAAGCCGAAUAGGUUCUCUUAUAAAUCCAGAUACCAUCAACCUAUUAAAAAGUGCUGUCUGGAAGGAGCGACUUGAAGCCAUUUCUUCACUGAAACAGCAAGUUGAAGGUUUACACGACCUUGAUAAAUCAGUAGAAAUUUUGAUUCGUUUACUCUGCACCUUGCCUGGAUGGGGCGAGAAAAACGUUCAGGUUCAGCAGCAGGUUAUUGAAGUUAUUACUCAUGUAGCUUCGACUGCAACUAAAUUCCCAAAGAAGUGUGUUGUACUUUGCCUUUCGGGACUAAGUGAACGUGUAGCAGAUAUUAAGACACGUGCACAUGCUAUGAAAUGCCUUACUACCUUUUCUGAAGCAGUUGGUCCAGGAUUCAUCUUUGAAAGACUCUACAAGAUCAUGAAGGAGCAUAAGAAUCCAAAGGUUCUCAGUGAGGGAAUUUUGUGGAUGGUUUCUGCUGUUGAGGAUUUCGGUGUAUCACAUUUAAAGCUUAAGGAUUUAAUCGAUUUUCUUAAAGAAACUGGGCUGCAGUCAAGUGCAGCUGCUACUAGAAAUGCUUCAACUAAGUUCUUGGGUGUUCUGCACAGAUUUGUUGGUCCAGACAUUAAAGGGUUUCUUGCUGAUGUUAAGCCUGCACUACUCAGUGCCCUUGAUGCAGAGUAUGAGAAGAAUCCAUUUGAGGGGGCAUCUGCAAUCCCCAAAAGAACUAUUAAGGCAGCAGAGUCAUCUUCAUCUGUGGCGGCUGGUGGGCUGGAUGGCUUGCCUCGUGAAGACAUUAGUGGAAAGAUCACUCCAACUCUCCUGAAGACCCUAGAAAGUCCUGACUGGAAGGUACGUAUGGAGUCCGUUGAUGCUGUAAACAAAAUACUGGAAGAGGCUAAUAAGCGCAUUCAAGCUACUGGAACUGGUGAGUUAUUUGGGGCUCUUAGGGGACGGCUCAUUGACAGCAACAAAAACAUAGUCAUGGCUUCGUUGACAACCCUUGGUAAUGUUGCAUCUGCAAUGGGACCUGCUGUGGAGAAAGCGAGCAAGGGCACUCUGUCUGACAUAUUGAAAUGUCUUAGUGACAAUAAGAAGCACAUGAGAGAAUGUGUGCUGAAUACUUUAGACUCUUGGCUAGCUGCUGUUCAUCUUGAUAAAAUGGUUCCUUAUGUUACAAUUGCUUUGACGGAUUCUAAACUUGGUGCGGAAGGGCGUAAAGAUCUCUUUGAUUGGUUAUCUAGGCAUCUUUCUGGGCUAAGUAGUUUUGCUGAAGCUGCGCAACUUCUGAAGCCAGCUUCUUCUGCGAUGACAGAUAAAUCCUCCGAUGUUCGCAAGGCAGCAGAGGCUUGCAUUACUGAGAUACUCAGAGUUAGUGGACAUGAAAUGAUUGAAAAGAUUGUCAAAGACAUUCAUGGACCAGCGCAAAUACUAAUUCUUGAGAAGUUGAAACCACAUGGAGCUUUUCAAGAGUCAUUUGAGCCAGGUAGAGCAGUUUCAGUGGGUGUAACAUCGAAAGGUGUUUCAAAGGUUGGGAAAUCAACUGCCAAUGGUGUUGCAAAGCAUGGAAAUAGAGCUGUGUCUUCGCGGGUCGGGGCAACAAAGUUAACCAAGGCUGAAUCAAUAUCUGUUCAAGAUAUAGCAGUCCAGUCUCAAGCCUUAUUAAAUAUCAAGGAUUCAAAUAAGGAAGAUAGAGAGAGAGUGGUGGUUCGAAGGUACAAGUUUGAGGAUCCACGAAUUGAGCAGAUUCAAGAUCUUGAGAAUGAUAUGAUGAAGUACUUCAGAGAGGAUUUACAUAGGAGACUCUUAAGUGCAGAUUUUAAGAAGCAAGUUGAUGGACUUGAAAUGCUGCAGAAGGCACUUCCAUCCAUUGCUAAGGAUGUUAUAGAAGUUUUGGACAUUCUUUUAAGGUGGUUUGUGUUGCAGUUCUGCAAAUCAAAUACAACAUGUCUAUUGAAGGUGCUUGAAUUUCUUCCGGAACUGCUUGACACGUUGAAGGAUGAUGGGUACUCUUUGACAGAGUCUGAAGUGGCAAUUUUUCUUCCAUGCCUAGUAGAGAAGUUGGGGCAUAACAUCGAGAAAGUACGAGAAAAAAUGCGAGAGCUGACCAAACAAUUUGUUUCUGUAUAUUCUGCAUCUAAAUGUUUCCCUUACAUAUUGGAGGGUUUACGCUCUAAGAACAACCGAACUCGAAUUGAAUGCGCUGAUCUUGUUGGUUUUAUUGUUGAUCAUCAUUCAGCUGAGAUUAGCGGGCAGCUGAAGUCAUUGCAAAUUGUUGCAAGUUUGACAGCAGAACGGGAUGGUGAAAUUAGAAAAGCUGCAUUAAAUACACUGGCCACUGGUUAUAAGAUUCUAGGUGAGGACAUAUGGAGGUUUGUUGGGAAGCUAACUGAUGCUCAAAAAAGCAUGUUAGAUGAUAGAUUUAAGUGGAAGAUCCGGGAGAUGGAAAAGAAGAAGGAAGGAAGACCAGGCGAAGCAAGGGCCAUUUUAAGGCGUUCUGUCAGGGAAAACGGGUCUGAUGUCGCAGAGCAAAGCGGAGAAAUAGCUAGAUCUCUUGCUGGGCCAAUAUUGAGGAAAAAUAUUGGUCCAUCUGAUAAUACCAUUGAGAGACAAUUGAUGCCUCGUCCUGUAGCUGUUGCUAGUGGCCCCACAGAUUGGAAUGAAGCCCUUGAUAUUAUAUCUUUUGGUUCUCCUGAGCAGUCUGUUGAAGGAAUGAAAGUUGUUUGUCAUGAGUUGGCUCAGGCCACUAGUGAACCAGAAGGCAGUGCUAUGGAUGAGCUCGUGAAAGAUGCAGAUAGGCUAGUUUCAUGUCUUGCAAAUAAGGUUGCAAGAACUUUUGACUUCAGUUUGAGUGGGGCUUCAUCACGGUCUUGUAAAUAUGUGCUCAACACUCUGAUGCAGACUUUUCAGAAUAAAAGAUUGGCACAUGCUGUAAAGGAGAGCACUCUUGAUAGUCUGAUUACUGAGCUUCUUCUGUGGCUCUUGGAUGAUAGGGUUCCUCAUAUGGAUGAUGGAAGCCAGUUGUUGAAAGCAUUGAAUGUAUUGAUGCUUAAGAUCCUUGAUAAUGCAGAUCGGACAUCAUCCUUUGUCGUCCUAAUCAAUCUUUUACGUCCUCUAGAUCCAUCAAGGUGGCCUUCCCCAGCAUCAAAUGAGUCAUUUGCCUCCAGGAAUCAGAAAUUUUCUGAUUUGGUUGUCAAAUGCCUUAUCAAGCUUACAAAGGUUCUUCAGAGCACCAUCUAUGAUGUUGAUCUAGAUCGCAUUCUUCAAAGUAUCCAUUUGUAUCUUCAAGACUUGGGAAUGGAGGAAAUUAGGAGAAGGGCUGGUGCUGAUGACAAACCCUUGCGAAUGGUAAAAACUGUUCUGCAUGAGCUUGUCAAGCUUCGUGGUGCAGCUAUAAAAGGUCAUCUUUCAAUGGUUCCUAUUGAUACGAAACCUCAGCCUAUCAUCCUUGCCUACAUUGAACUUAAUCUUGAGACUUUGGCUGCUGCAAGAAUGUUGACUGCAUCUGGGCCUGGGGGACAAAACCACUGGAGCGAUUCAGCAGCCAAUAAUUCAGCCUCUGGAACACAUUCUGCUGAUGCCCAAUUGAAGCAAGAGUUGGCUGCAAUAUUUAAGAAGAUUGGGGAGAAGCAAACUUGCACAAUUGGUUUAUAUGAACUAUAUCGGAUUACCCAGUUGUAUCCGAAGGUUGACAUAUUUUCUCAGCUUCAAAAUGCUAGUGAGGCAUUCCGCACUUACAUAAGAGAUGGCCUUGCCCAGAUGGAGAAAAAUGCUGCAGCUGGCAGAACACCGUCAAGUUUGCCGAUGCCUACUCCUCCACCAGCAUCUUUAAAUAAUUCUUCCCCAGAUUUUGCACCUCUUUCUCCUAUAAAUGCAAAUCCAUUGGGGGAUGCUAAAUUAAAUGUGAAAACUGAUCUGACAAAUUUCAAUUUACCCCCGUCCUACAAUGAGGAGAAUAGGAGAGCAUUAAAUUCUGACUACACUUUAGGUGACCAACGAAAUGAUAAAUAUAUGACCGGAGUAACGACUGGAACGUUGGAUGCAAUCAGAGAGAGGAUGAAGAGCAUGCAAUUAGCAGCUGCUGCUGGGAGUACAGAUUCUGCUGCUAGACCAUUGACAAGUAUUAACGACAACAUGAAUCAUGGGCAUCCUCAUAGUCAGAUUCCUCAUGCAUCCGAGCAUGUUGCUAUGGAGAAUGCUUUGCAAGGUGGAGUCCUUCCCAUGGAUGAGAAAGCUUUAUCCGGGCUUCAAGCGCGGAUGGAAAGACUGAAAAGUGGAUCCCUUGAACCUCUGUAAGGGCAAUUGAGCUAAAGGGGAGAGUUUCUUGCCGUUGCGUGAUUUUCAAGUCAUAAUCGCCCUGGAUACUGUGCCAUGCAGCAGUAAUAUAAAUUUUGUAUACGGUUGGGGUAUAUAUGAAUGAAUAUAUAUUUAAGAUUCGAUAGAGCUAUUCUCCAAUUCAAACUACGGAACUUGACGUUGCAGAGCUUCAGAGGCUUAGUUGCAGUCAUGUUUAUGCCCCUUGCAAUUAUUCCGCCUCAAGCUUUGCCUACCCUACAAUUAAUUCCUUUGUAUAUAUUGUAGAAGAGAGCUUUAAUUUUUUCACAGGAAUUAUGUAGAUGCUUCAAUUUAAUACAAACACAACCAGUGCUUAGUGCUGCUGAGCUUUGCUUGGUUGUCCAUUUUGCUUGUUUCAGAAAUUUGAGUGGGCAUUCCAUUUUAAUUAUGCAAAUGAUGGGACAUUGUGUUCAAUGUCCUUUGGUA